CUAUUUCCCCUUUUCUGCAGUCAUGCAAGAGUGCGUCGUCUUUAAUGUGAGAUAAGCUCGACUUGUGCUCUUCCUCAAUAAGUUAUGAAGUAAUUCUUGAUUUGUCAGCUCAAAGCCACUCUUCAGACCGGAGACGGACCUUCAGUUCAUGAGCUUCUCUGUGUGGUCUCCAUCAUGGAGGCGACAGGGAAAUACGACUUCUCAGCUACAGCAGGAGACGAGCUGAGCUUCAGGAAGGGGGAUGUUAUCAAGAUUUUAGGCACCAAUGACGACUGGUUCAGAGCUGAAAUAAACGGUAUGGAAGGAUUCGUUCCACGAAAUUACAUCGUCACCACCUUCCCCAGCUGGUAUAAGGAGAACACCAGCCGUCAGUCUGCACAGGAUGAGCUGAUGUGUCAACCAAUAGGAGCCUUCAUCAUCAGAGGAUCCCAGAGCUCACCUGGGGAUUUCUCCAUCUCAGUCAGGCAUGAAAAUGACGUUCAGCACUUUAAGGUGAUGAGAGACCGGCAGGGCCGAUAUUACCUGUGGAGCGAGAUGUUCACCUCCCUCAACAAACUGGUAGAUUAUUACACACACAACUCCAUCUCCAAGCAGAGCCGUGUCUUCCUGCUCACCGACCAGCGGAGUUCAUCUGAUUUCCUGCACAGGAAGCCCACUGAAGCUCCGCCCUUCCGGCAGGAGAGACAGGACUACAGAAGCUUAGCACCGCCGGUCGCUCGCCCAUCACAACCCUCACUGCCUCCGCAGGUCUCAGCUCUGCAUGUGCGAGCGAUGUAUGACUUCACAGCUGAAGACGCAGAUGAGCUCAACUUUCAGGCCGGAGACGUGAUCGAGGUUCUGGAUCAGUCCGAUCGAUCCUGGUGGAAAGGAGUCCUGCGUGGCAGAACUGGACUGUUCCCCGUCAACUACACCAAUCCUCUCUGAACACACACACACGCUUCAAGAUUUCAAGAUGACAGAGAUCGGCCAUUGCAUCCCAGCAAGCAUUUUUUGUUUUAAAAGAUGUCUAAUAGAUGUCCAAUACAUGUAUAAUAGAUGUAUAAUACAUGUAUAAUACAUGUCUAAUAGACAACUAACAGAUGUCUUGUAGAUGACAAAUAGAUGUCUAAUAGAUGUAUAAUACAUGUCUAAUAGACGACUAAUAGAUGUCUUAAAGACGACUAACAGAUGUCAAAUAGAUGUCUAAUAGAUGUAUAAUACAUGUAUAAUAGAUGUAUAAUACAUGUCUAAUAGACGUCUAAUAGAUGUCUUAAAGACGACUAAUAGAUGUAUAAUACAUGUCUAAUAGACGACUAAUAGAUGUCUAACAAAUGUCUAAUAGACGACUAAUAGAUGUCUUAAAGACGACUAAAAGAUGUCUAAUAGAUGUAUAAUACAUGUCCAAUAGACGACUAAUAGAUGUCUUAAAGACGACUAAAAGAUGUCUAAUAGAUGUAUAAUACAUGUCCAAUAGACGACUAAUAGAUGUCUUAAAGACGACUAAAAGAUGUUUAAUAGAUGUAUAAUACAUGUCUAAUAGACGACUAAUAGAUGUCUUAAAGACGACUAAAAGAUGUCUAAUAGAUGUAUAUUAGAUGUAUAAUAGACGACUAAUAGUUGUCUUGAAGACGACUAAAAGAUGUCUAAUAGAUGUAUAAUACAUGUCUAAUAGACGACUAAUAGAUGUCUUAAAGACGACUAAUAGAUGUUUAAUAGAUGUCUAAUAGAUGUAUAAUACAUGUCUAAUAGACGACUAAUAGAUGUCUUAAAGACGACUAAUAGAUGUUUAAUAGAUGUCUAAUAGAUGUAUAAUACAUGUCUAAUAGACGUCUAAUAGAUGUCUAAACAGUAUUCUUGGCUAAAAGUCUAAAUUAAGGCUGUCGGUAAAAAUCUAGUAGAUGUCUAAUACAUGUCUAACAGCUGUCCAAUUUAUGUCCAAUACGUCUAAUAGAGGUCUAAACAGUCUUCUUGGCUAAAACAAGUCCAAAUUUGGGCUGUCAGUGAAAAUUUAAUAGGCGUCUAAGAACAGGCCAAAACCAAUCAUCAGAUAAAUAGAAAUGAAUGACGAGACAUGUAAAGUCUGUCUAAUCUGUUUAUUCGACUAGUCUAGUUUUGGGCUAUUCUUAGAUGUCCAUUAGAUUUUCACUGACAGGCCAAGUUUAGCCUUGUUUUAGCAAAGCUAUCUACAUUUAGAUGUCUAUUAGACAUCCAUUAAACACAAAAUUGUUUGCUGGGAUAGUGCAAAUAUAAGAGUUAUGUAUGUAAAUUAAAUAUCACAUUUCUCUCUUUUAGAUUAAACAGCUUUAGUGUAAACAAACUGUCCUUUUGGUGUGGAUUUGUUAGAAAUAAAUACUUAAAUAAACAAAAUUGCAAAAGACAAAGAGCUUGAAA